UGAGAGCGUAGGAAGAAACCAACCAGACCUCCCUUGUCUCUUUACCUUAGCUCAAACCACACCCAUUGGGAGAUAGACAAGAAGUACUUUUCUAUUUCCACCAACGUUACGGCCGAGCUUUCAGGUACACCAAGUAAAUCAAAGCCCAAAACCAGUAUACGAAAUCAGCAAAACACCUUAGGUUUAUCGUUCCCGUGGGGAAAACCGAGAAAUUCUUCAUAAUGUUAAGGAAGUGAUGCCAAUUUGCUGAUAAAAAAAACUGAAGAAAAGGAAGUAAAGACACCAUUAGGACAGAGCACAUCCACUCGUACGGAAUAGUCAGUCAAUAAUGGACUGGAAAACUCUCCAGGCCCUGUUGAGUGGAGUGAACAAGUACUCCACCGCGUUUGGCCGGAUCUGGCUCUCCGUGGUGUUCGUGUUCCGGGUGAUGGUCUAUGUUGUGGCUGCCGAGCGGGUGUGGGGUGAUGACUCGAAGGACUUUGACUGCAACAUCAAGCAGCCUGGCUGCCCCAACGUCUGCUAUGACCACUUCUUCCCCAUCUCCCACAUCCGCCUGUGGGCCUUACAGCUCAUCUUUGUCACCUGCCCUUCCUUCAUGGUGGUGAUGCACGUGGCGUACCGUAAUGAACGUGAGCGUAAGCACCGGGUCAAGUACGGGGAAGAGACCGCCAAGCUUUAUGCCAACACAGGAAAGAAGCAUGGCGGCCUUUGGUGGACCUACCUGCUGAGUCUCUUCGCCAAGACCUUCAUUGAGAUUGGCUUCCUGUACCUCCUCCACCACAUCUAUGACAGCUUCUACCUGCCUCGACUGGUCAAGUGUGACAUCAAACCCUGCCCCAAUGUGGUGGACUGCUACAUCGGCCGGCCCACAGAGAAGAAGGUCUUCACCUAUUUCAUGGUGGGGGCUUCAGCCCUCUGCAUUGUUCUCAGUGUCUGUGAGAUUAUUUACCUAAUCUCCAAGCGCAUAGUCCGCUGCACCAACAAGAUGAAUGCCCAAGAGAGAAUCCGUCGUCACCGCAACAGGGAAGAUGACAGUAAAAGCACCCUACCCGUUACAGACAUGGACCACCACCCUGAUUAUAAACCAGAGACCAAGCCGGAUUUUAAGCCCGACUUCAAGGCUACUCUUAAGCCGCCUCCAAGGUCGUCAAGGUCCAUUCGUGCAUCAGCCCCAAAUUUGUUCUUUUCUGCCUCAUAAACAAAUUAACUGGAACUUCUAAGAACUUCAGGGGUUGGGACUGAACAAUGUCAGGUGUGAUAGCUGACAAAUACAAUUUAAGAUGAAUGUGGAUUGUUUUUGUGUUAACAAACUCUAAACAUCUUUGGACUGGUCUGGAUGGUUAGACUCAGAAGUGAGAGUCAUUGUUCCACACUGCACUAGAAAGAUUUAUUUUCACUCUGAGGUCCUAUCUAUGAACUUUCGAGGUCUUGCUGUUAACUUCCUGUGGCUUUUAAUAUUUUUGUUUACAGCACUCAAUCAUUAAGUUAGAAUAAAUAAAAACAAGACCAUUCUGCUCUCUAAGAAAGUCUUGUUGAUUGUAAGAUUUGUCCUUUCCAGGUUGGAUCAGGGGUGGUUGUGAGCAGUGAAAAAAAGUGCGUAGGGGAACAUUCCCAAGUAGUUGCUGAAUAACCACAUUGGCAUCCAGGUCACGCCUGUUUCAGCUAUCCAUCUUUGUCUCCACACCUAGAAAGGUGUACAAAAGUUUCUGUGAAAAUGAGUAUUGACAGAGCAUUUCAGAGAAUUGUUAACCUUCUCUCUCGCUUUUCCCAGUACUUUAACCAAAUAGACAAUAAACAUUACUUUAAAUGGAAUAUGAAUAUAAUACUACUUUGAAUAUAUCAACCCUAUCUUGAAGUAAACAUUUUCUUGUGAAUCUAUGGAAAUGAUCAGGAUUGUUUCAAAAUACUUAAAUUGUUAAUUUACAUAAGCAUUAGGCAGUGCACAAAAUAUAUUCCUGUCUGCUUUUUAUUUAAACAUGUGUGUAAGGUUUACACAGGAUUUAAUUUUCUGUCUACAGAACUGAACUGGACUUUUUCCCCGUUACAGCUCUGCUCUGUACAGUGUAUGCUGUAACACUGCCUGAUUUUUGGAAUUAUGUGAUUUUAUGUUAUGCAAGAUAUAUGUUAGACAAGAGUGAGUGGUUGCAAAAAUGUCUGUUGGUUUUUGAUAAUCUGCCAAAAAAUUAGAACACACUGAAGAGGAGAAAAUUUAAGAGAUAAUACGUCCCUAAACAUCUCUGGAGGACAUUGCAUUGGACAGAGAUGAGAAACAGUUAGCACAUUGUAUAUGCUGUACAUUUGUUUAUGUUUUUGAGAAAUAAAAUAUGAAGU